AAGCCACAUUUUCCUGGCCUCGGACCUCAGACUGCUGCAGCCCGAGCCUUCCUCAGCUCUUGGGCUGUGCAUCGUUCCGGCGGCCGGAAAGGACGUGCGCCCUGCGCUGGGCGAAGGAAAGAAUCAAAACUUGUCUGGAGGGGCUUCGCCAGCCCAACUCCUCUGGCCAGCCAGCCUGGGUCUUUCGUCGAGGCCUUCCCAGCACCGGGGAAAGUUCCUCCGAACUGGCCGCGGCGCGGGCUGUGGAAUCCUCUCGGUUUGGAACCCCCAAGCGCAUCGCGGGCGCUCGGAAGCCGCCGUCUGCGGGCUCAGGGGUGGCGCUGCCCGCGCGGAGCUGAGAGUUUGCAGCCCCGGCUGCGAGUGGCCUUGCCGCCCCUCGGUUUGUGCUUGCUCCGGCUGAGCCUGCGAGGGCGCCAAGUUACAGGGAGACGCUCAAAGGUCCGGAGAGAGUUACGCUCUCCCUCGCAUCCCUUCUUGCUAUCCCUGGCGGGCAGCCGGGCAUAAAAUCGCAGCGGCAUUUACGGAGGCCUCCGGGUCCCAUCGAGACUGAUUUGCAGCGCUCAUUGCUUGGCCCCAGUCCUCACCCGGAGCCGGGGAGCGCAGGGUGAAAGGAAGGCCAGGCAGGGCGAGGACCAGGUCCAGCCAGCAGCGACGACAUGGCGCGGUUCCCUAGGGCUGACCUGGCCGCAGCAGGAGUUGUGCUACUUUGCCACUUUCUAAUGGACCGCUGUCAGUUCGCCGAAGGGAAGCCUGGAAACCACAGGAAUGAUUGGCAGUAUCAAGUUGCCCAGGCCUUCCCUCCAACAGAAGAAGACGUGAAAGUGGACUCACACACGUACAGCCACAGGUGGAAAAGGAACCUGGACUCUCUCAAGGGGAUAGACACGAACCGGGCCAGCAUGGGCCAGGACUCCCCAGAUCCCAGAGGCUUCGCGGACCUGCUGCUGGAUGAUGGGCAGGACAACAACACUCAGAUUGAGGAGGAUACAGAUCAUAAUUAUUAUAUAUCUCGAAUAUAUGGUCCGUCAGACUCUGCCAGCCGGGAUCUGUGGGUGAACAUAGACCAAAUGGAAAAAGACAAGGUGAAGAUUCAUGGAAUAUUAUCCAAUACGCAUCGACAAGCUGCAAGGGUGAAUCUAUCCUUCGAUUUUCCAUUUUAUGGCCAUUUCCUACGUGAAAUCACUGUGGCAACUGGGGGUUUCAUAUACACUGGAGAAGUUGUGCACCGAAUGCUGACAGCCACACAGUAUAUAGCACCUUUAAUGGCAAACUUCGAUCCCAGUGUGUCCAGAAAUUCAACAGUCAGAUAUUUCGAUAAUGGCACAGCGCUUGUUGUCCAGUGGGACCAUGUACAUCUCCAGGAUAAUUACAACCUGGGAAGCUUCACGUUCCAGGCUACCCUGCUUAUGGAUGGACGCAUCAUCUUUGGAUACAAAGAAAUUCCUGUCUUGGUCACACAGAUAAGUUCAAGCAAUCAUCCAGUGAAAGUGGGACUGUCUGACGCAUUUGUCGUUGUCCACAGGAUCCAGCAAAUUCCCAAUGUUCGAAGAAGAACAAUUUAUGAAUAUCACCGAGUAGAGCUACAAAUGUCAAAAAUUACGAAUAUUUCAGCUGUGGAGAUGACCCCAUUACCUACAUGUCUUCAGUUCAAUGGUUGUGGCCCCUGUGUGUCCUCCCAGAUUGGCUUCAACUGCAGUUGGUGCAGUAAACUUCAAAGAUGUUCCAGUGGAUUUGACCGCCAUCGGCAGGAUUGGGUGGACAGUGGAUGCCCAGAAGAGUCCAAAGAGAAGAUGUGUGAGAAUAUGGGGCCAGUGGAAGGUUCUUCUCAAGCUACCACAACCGUCAGAGCAACCACCACACAUUUCAGGGUCUUGACUACCACCAGAAGAACAGCCACAUCCCAGCUGCCCACCAGCCUACCCACAGAAGAUGAUACCAAGAUAGCACUACAUCUAAAAGAUAAUGGAGCCUCUACAGAUGACAGUGCAGUUGAGAAAAAAGGGGGAAGUCUCCAUGCUGGCCUCAUCGUGGGAAUCCUCAUCCUGGUGCUCAUCAUAGCUGCAGCCAUUCUUGUGACAGUCUACAUGUAUCACCAUCCAACAUCAGCAGCCAGCAUCUUCUUCAUUGAGAGACGCCCGAGCAGAUGGCCCGCGAUGAAAUUUCGAAGAGGUUCUGGACAUCCUGCCUAUGCUGAAGUUGAACCAGUUGGGGAGAAAGAAGGUUUCAUUGUAUCAGAGCAAUGCUAAAAUUUGUAGAACACAACAGCACCAGUACUGGCUUACAGGUGUUAAGACUGAAGUUUUACCAGUACCUUUAAAGUGCGCGCACACAAACACACACACAUACACACCUGAGCCCUGAGCUGCUGUAGCCCAAAGGGAGACGAGAUUUCUAGACAAGCCCAGCCCAGGAAGGGUACAAGAGAAACUCAAGAUUUACACAAGGUACCAUUUACACCAAACACAGGGUUCCCUCAUGGGACAGCAUCUGUAGCUCCCAAGGGACAGCUCCUGUGGAUUUAUCAGAAGUAUGACAAGAUUACAAUGCUUUUGCUUAGGUGCAGGGUUGCAAAGAGAUCGAGGAAAAAUAACAAUAAUAAAGCUUUGGUUCGCAAGGGA